AUGAGCUCGCGCAAAGGACAAGCGGGCGGCACAUGCGAGUAUUGUGGCAAUACUUACAGCAAACGGGAGCAUUACCAACGCCACGUGCGCACUCAUACUCGUGAACGCCCGUACUCUUGCGACCUAUGUUCGGCUACUUUCUCUCGCAAGGACACGCUCCAUCGCCAUGCUCGGGCUCGA